AUGAGGGAUCAGCGCGACGAAAAAAUGCAGCGCAUCGCUGAGUUGCAGAAGAACAAUCAGCAACUCAGCGUGCAAGCUCAAGAAUUGGCUCAUCAGUUGUUACAACUACAAAGCGCCAAUAAGGAAACGGUAGCCAGGAAAAACGAGCUUGAAGAAUUGAGGAAACGGCGUGAUGCAGCAAAGAUUGUGGUGGCAGAAGCCGCUGCGCAGGUAGAAGCAACUCGCGCGAGAACGGCCGCUCAGAUUGCGGAGGCUGAGAAGUUGGAAUAUCAAUUUGAUAUUGCUUAUAUCUAUGUUGCGACUGCCUACAUGGCAAGCUUUAUCCCAGUGCAAAAGCAGUGGUUACCUUUUCAUCAGAGUGUUCUUCAGAAGACUGACGAGUACAACACCGAACGGGCAGAGCUGCUAAGAGCGCGUGAUGAAUAUCGGGAAGUGCUAGGCAAAGUAGCAGAGUUACAAACACAGGCUCGCGCUAAAUUGACGGAGAAAGCUGCUGCCGCAGCUAAACUUGCUGCUGAAGCAAAGGCAAAGGAGGAAGCAGAACGCGAGCUGGAAAACCGGCGGAAAGCAGCGGAAACAGCAGCCAACAGCGUCCAAGCACAAGCAUUUGGAGAGGUAUUUUCUGGUCAGGCACCUGCUGCAACAACCUCUCCCACGAAAGCAAUGCCCAGUCAAAAUUCUGCACCUGUUCUGCAGCAAGGUUAG